CCUCGUGCCCUCGUGAACCAUCAGGACGUUCUUUUCCAUUCUACCGGUGCCUGUUGCAGACUCGGUUGAUUUUGUCCUCCAACAUCUCUACCCUCCCCACCGAAUCAUUCUGGUCUGGACGAUGUCGAAGGCAGGCGAAGAGACCACCACAGCCACGACCUCCCCGGUGGCGUUCAAUGCCCGCUGGGGAUCGUACGCCAGUUUCGUCGGGGUUACCACACUGGUCACGAUCUGCGUUGCGGUAACCAUUCCGUUUCUAAUCCGGCAGUAUGUCAUAGGAUGCAUGGAUCCGACGUGCUUGGACAUGGAUGAGGCCCUGACAGAGAGCCUUCAGGGCAUGGAAGGAGGGGACCCCUGUGAUGACUUCUACAGCUACGUGUGUACAGGCUGGAAGAGGGCAAACCCAGACACACCCAACCUGUUCGCCAAGCUCCAGCAGAGGAUUGCCGUCACAGUCAUCAAGGAACUCCUCCUAGACGAUGCGCCUGACGUCGCCAAGACACCUACAGACAAGGUGGCGCUUAUGUUCCAGACAUGUGCUCAGGUGGCCUUCAACGAACAAAACCAGGCUUCAUCCAUCACGGAGUUCUUGGCCCAAUUCCGCUUGACCUGGCCGCGACCUGAGCCGAGGGAUCCGCUCGACAUCUUGGAUCUUCUGGUCGGCCUGUCGCUGGACUGGGGUCUGCCAGUUCUCUUCCAUAUGACCAUCGAUCCAUACUUCAAGAAGAAAGGUUUUCGCACUGUGCAUUUUUCUAGCAACCCAUACCUCACCGAAUGGUUCGUCCUCCGAAAUACUUUGCUGGAAAAAGGCCAGCUACUCGACUAUUUCCAAAAAGCCACAAACAUCAUCAACGGUCAGAAGGUUGACAGCGAAAUCGUUGAGCGACUUCUGUUUGUCGACAAUAGAGUCAUGACUGCCGUCAUGCCGUCUCUGGAGGUUAGACCCGACUUCGACCUCCAGUACAUCAAGUUCGGCGAUCUGGACGACAUGACUGGGCCCUACGUCACGGGCCGCGAAUGGCUAGAUGUCAUAAACCGCCACCUGAACUCUGGCCAGCAAUUCAAAUUAGAAGACGAGAUGUUCGUCAUGAACCAGCGUCUCUUACGUUUGGUUGGCGUGCUACUUGCGCGACAAGCGGACACGGGUGCGCUCCUGAGAUACGUCUCUUGGCAACUAGCGCGCCAUUUUGCUCCCAUGACUUCGUACCCGCUCUCCGCAGUUCAGUUUGGUGGAGAUCGGUCGCUCACGCUGGGUUAUAUGAUGGGACGGUGUUAUAUGGACGUAGACAGCGUCAUGCCCUACGCUUUCGGUUAUACGUUCGUGCGGCGGUGGUUGUCGAACGACGUCAUCAAUGACGUCAGUGACAUGGUGGCCCGGAUUCGCAAAGUUGCAAACAGCAGCUUUAAGUCCUUGACGUGGAUGGAUAUCGAGACGAAACGCGAGGCUUCGAGAAAGAUGAGUACGCUGAAAUCCAUCAUUGGCCGACCCGACACCCUGGCGAGCGAGGCAGAGUUGUCACAACGGUACUCGUAUGUUCCCGAUCUGACUGGCUCCUACUUCGCCAUGGCCUUGGAAGUUCGAGCAUCUGAGCUCCGCCACAACAAGAAGCUCAUCAACUCCAACAGCACGUCAUACGUGGAGGUCGAUGUCCCUCUGACUCUCGUGAACGCCUUCUACAUGCCCGUGUACCACGUGAUUGUCAUCCCAGCGGCGAUUCUGUACCCGCCGUUUUACGCUGCUGGCUUUCCAAUCUCCCUGAACUACGGUAGCCUCGGUCAUGUCGUCGGACACGAAAUAACACACGCUUUCGACCCAGACCUGGGUCUUCUGGAUGAAUCCGGAGUCAGGCGUGACUGGUGGACAGCGCGUUCACGGGUACUCUUCGAGCUACGUCUACAGUGCCUGAAGGACAUUUACAACAAGCUACCCUGGGCUGGUGGAAUAAACUAUGGCGAUCAAGCACUGUCCGAGAAUUUCGCGGACUGUGGUGGCAUUCUAAAGGUAUACCACGCCUUCAAGACAGAUCCACGGAAAGUGAGCCCUUCUACGGUGACAUCGAAACCCCCAACUAUACUGAGCCGUUACACUCCCGACCAACUGUUCUUCAUCAGCAGUUGCUUCAAGUGGUGCGCGAACGAUGACACGCAAGCGUCCGGCUGGUACUCUCCGCCUCGCAUGCGCUGUAAUGUGCCGCUCAUGAACAUGGCAGAGUUUGCGGAGGCCUUCACAUGCCAUCCAGGGUCUCGAAUGAACCCUACAUCGAAGUGUGACUUCAUGUAGGCUGGAGUAAACCACAAUUAUCUAACCA